UUCUCAGCUCAUGCAGGCUAGGAAAAGAGAGGGGUGGUCAGCAGCUGGAACUCUGUGGGUGUAGGCCACGGACAAACGGAGGCAGGCUGAGAGAGCGCCAACAGACAGACGGGAAGAAGAAAAGUUGAGUGUAAACAAGACCAUAUUUUGAGCCAUAAUGGAACAAGUAGUUGGUGAGGCAGUGAGAGAACAGGUCACACGGACCCAUGUGAUAGAGGACAUUCCCAAGGUUAAGAACUGCACAGUGAUUGGAGGCUCUGGAUUCCUGGGGCAGCACAUGGUGGAGCAGUUGCUUGCAAGGGGCUAUACCGUCAACGUAUUCGAUAUCCGGCAAGGUUUUGAUAAUCCCCGGGUGCAGUUCUUUCUGGGUGACCUCUGCAACCAAGAGGACCUGUACCCAGCUCUGAAAGGUGUAAGCACAGUUUUCCACUGUGCAUCACCCCCACCAUCCAGUAACAACAAGGAGCUCUUUUAUAGAGUGAAUUUCAUUGGCACCAAGAAUGUCAUUGAAACUUGCAAAAAGGCUGGAGUUCAGAAACUCAUUUUGACCAGCAGUGCUAGUGUCAUCUUUGAGGGCAGUGACAUCAAAAAUGGAACCGAAGACCUUCCUUAUGCCAUGAAACCCAUAGACUACUACACAGAGACUAAGAUCCUACAAGAGAGAGCAGUUCUGGACGCCAAUGAUCCUGAGAGAAAUUUCUUAACCACAGCUAUCCGUCCUCAUGGCAUUUUUGGCCCAGGAGAUCCCCAGUUGGUCCCCAUCCUCAUUGAGGCAGCCAAGAAGGGCAAGAUGAAGUUCAUGAUUGGAAAUGGGAAGAACUUGGUAGAUUUCACCUUCGUGGAGAAUGUAGUCCAUGGACACAUCCUGGCUGCAGAGCACCUCUCCCAAGAUGCAGCACUGGGUGGGAAGGCAUUUCACAUCACCAACGAUGAACCCAUCCCUUUCUGGACGUUCCUGUCCCGCAUCCUGACAGGCCUUAAUUAUGAGGCCCCCAAAUACCACAUCCCCUACUGGGUAGCCUACUACCUGGCCCUUCUCGUGUCCCUGCUGGUAAUGGUGGUCAGUCCCAUCAUCCAGCUCCAGCCCACUUUCACACCAAUGAGGGUUGCACUGGCUGGCACCUUCCACUACUACAGCUGUGAAAAAGCCAAAAAGGUCAUGGGGUACCAGCCACUGGUCACCAUGGAUGACGCCGUGGAGAGGACCGUUCAGAGCUUUCACCACCUGCGGAAGGUCAAGUGAGGCACCCUGGAGACUGGGCCAUCUCAGUGUGUGCUCUGGCCACUAACCUUUUCCCCUGUGCACUGAUGAACUAAUAGCCUUCAAAUGAGUUCCUUCUGAGCUUAAGACUUCUUGCUAGUUAAAUGAGACCAUGCCCUGCUUCCUCCGUGCCCGUGAGGGUGACAAGAACAGCAGACAUUCCUCUUUUCACAGCAUUGGAUUUGAAUUUCUUAAAACAGGUAGCUUCAUAUCAUACUGUUUUGUUCUC